UAUUUGGCCGCAGACAAUUUUCUGAGUUCGAAAGGAAGGAGUGUACGUUUUUAGCGCGCUGCACGCCCAGACAGAAAUUAAGAGCAAGUAUAAAGAAAGAAAACAAUUUUUUAUUCUCAAAGGAAAUCUUAGACCCGAAUUUCCAAUUGGAUAUUUAAGAUACUAAAAUACUUCCUUAUAUAAUUAAUUAUAACUCGAGAUGUAAAUUAAAAAAGCUGCGAAACUCGCGCGCGAUAUCAAAAUCAGAAUACUUAUAAAAGUAAACCAGCUUGAAAAAAGAUUCGAUUGAUAAAACUCAUUGUGAGUGUGAAUUGAAAAUUUGUUGUUGAAUUUUCAAGUGCUUGUGCGGAGCCGAGCGAACUGUGGAGUGUAGUGUCAGUGAAAGGCUAUUUACGAGACACAACGGGAGUGUGCGUAUUUUUCUGUCAAUAAAAUACUGCUCUAUCAAGUGUAUAAUAAUGUAAAGUGAAUUUGCAAAAUGCAAUAUAAAAAAUAAAAGUGCAUUGAAUUUAUUUAUUAGUACCUACACAGCGCAAAAGCCCUUUUCGGAAUUUAUUUUAUUUUUUUUUUGUUGGUAAUUUGAACGACUAGCCGUCAAAAUAGAUCGCGAUCACGUCGGAAGUUCCGCCCGGUUUGUCAGGAUGUCGCUACAAACUAAACGACAACACUGCUACCUGUGCGACUUGCCGCGUAUGCCGUGGGCAAUGAUUAAUGAUUUUUCGGAAGCCGUGUGUCGUGGUUGCGUUAAUUAUGAAGGCGCUGAUAGAAUCGAGCUUGUAUUAGACGCGGCGCGACAAAUGAAACGCUUACACCAAGCCGCAAAACGCAGUCAUGAAAAUGGUGAAGUUGUUCAACAGCAGCAACAACAACACCGAAAUAGCAGCGGCGGUGUUGGCAACGUAUCCGUUGGCAACGCUGGACCGCAGCAACACCAUCACGCAUAUACAACUCAACGGAUUGGCCCUCCACCGCCGCAGCCAACUUUAAUGGAUUUCCCGGUCAAAAUUGAGUCGCAUGAAGCAGCAGUUCGUCCUGUAAGAAUAUCACACAUGCCACCACAUCACAUGACGAUGCCAAAUCGUGCUGCUGUGGCGGCGGCCGCUGCAUCUGGCAACGGUCCCCCAAUACCAACUUCUUUGUCUGUGAAUCUUAAAAGACCACCGCCAGAUGAUGACGAUGGACAUGGGCAUAGUGACGCACCUACUGGCAUGAAACGUAGUGCUUCGACUGCAGAUGAUUCGCCGUCGGGUGGACGACCACCGCUUACUAGAGGCGAAUCAUUGCCUGCAGUUUCAUUUGUGCAGGAUCGACAACAAGGAUUACGCGAUAAGCAUCAGCCCGUUAGGGCACCGUCCUUUGAUUCGACUACUUUUAAGCCAGGCGGUAAGUUUUUUUAUCCAACAAUGCCACAUCCGCCAGUGUCGCUGGGUAAUUCAACGCCACCAGCAUUACCAACAUCACAACCACAAUCAAUACCACCACCACCUCUGCCACAAUUAACAUCUGCCUCUUCAGUCACUCAAUUAGCUCAAAGUCCGAUGGCUAAUUUAAUGUCAAUUACAGAGACAUUACCUCCAGGUAGCCCUCGAAAUGGCCCUAGCCCACCAGGACCACCACCACCGAGAACGGCGUCAAGAGGCAGCCAGCAUUCCCCAAACAGUUCUGGAUCGUCAUCCGGUCGUAGAUCUUCAGGUUCAAGGCAUGUAUCCAGCACUACAGUCACAAGCACGGAGGUCCAGUCAAAUCAAGGACCCCAAGUAGGACCCGCAUCAGUGGGCGGUGGUUCAGUGGGACCAAUUCCCCCUGGUUCAAAUAGUUCAGAGAGUGGAGGGGUAGGGACGAAUAAUGGCGGGUCAACAGGCAACGGAAAUAGUUCCAAUGGUGGAGGUCCACCUGCUAAUGCAGUACCUACGUCAGCAGCUCAAGCGCCAACCUCUGCGCAGAAUACAACCCUAAAGUGUACGUUGUGCCAAGAAAGGCUCGAAGACACGCAUUUUGUGCAAUGCCCCUCUGUAAAUCAUCACAAGUUUUGUUUCCCCUGCAGUCGUGAAAGUAUUAAGAGACAAAAUGGAUCCGGUAACGAAGUCUAUUGUCCAAGUGGCGAACGCUGUCCGCUAGCCAAUUCAACUAUACCGUGGGCAUUUAUGCAGGGAGAGAUUGCGACGAUCUUAGGCGAAGAAGUCAAAGUAAAAAAGGAACGUGAAUCUUAAUGACUCUUUUACUCCAAAAAAGUAAGGAGAAUUUUGAAAUAUUUUAAAUAACUGGACAACAACAGCAGCACCAACGAAAACAAUCCAAAUCGAAAAUCCUAGACGCAGUCAAACUUUUUUGAAUACACAAUAUGGAUUUUUUUGUUCUAUUUAGAAUAAUAAAAAAAAACUAACACUAAACUUUGGUCAAACCGAAAAGAGUUCGAUUAAAAAAGUUGUAAUAAAUCCAGAAAAUCCAUUUUGUUCUGGAGAGAAAAAAAAAAACACACACACACAACUUAAUGUUGGUAACGACUCUAUUUGAAAAACAAAUAAGAAAACAAAACAGGUUUUUACAAAUGAAAAACAGUUUUUUAAUACAAAUUGAAAUUUGUAAACAUUUUACAACAGUUAAAGUUUGUUAUUGCAAAUUAACCGAAUGAAUAAUAUAUAUAACCAAUAUAUAUAAAAUUAUAAACUAAAAAAAAAACUAUAUAUAAUGAGAAAAUUUUGUGAUAUUGCUACAAACAUUAGAGAAAAAAAGAGAAAUAAAUACAAAUUUGUAAUAAUAUAAAAAAUAGCAAUAACAUAUUUGGUAGUGAGAAUUGUUCGUCUUGUGUAUAGACGAAAUUCGCAAAGAUAAGCUUAAACCUCUAAAUGUGUGUUUUAUAAAUAUAACGUAUUGUAGUUGUUUAAAUCUUAUUAAUUUUGUAUAUUUUUAGUUUUUAAAUAAUAUUUAUGUGUAUUGGAUAAGUUAACACCUCAAAGAGGUAGAAAUUAAAUCUUAAGGGAUUAAUGUAAAGUAUAAAGCUAAAGUGUUGGGAGGAUUUAUUUACUCGAUUAUUCUUUUGGAAUGAUUUUUGAACUAAGACCUGUGGUCAAAUCGUCGCAUACGUUAACGAGUAACUCGUUAACGAAAUCUGUUCAUUUGGCAUGAUGUCAUACGUACAGUAAACGACUUCGUAUUCAACUGAACGGAAUAUCAUUCGUUUGGUUUGAAGCUUUCGAACAAAUUGUUAAUGGGUUCAAAAAGUAAUGAAAAUAUAAGAAUAUCUUAUUUUAAAAAUAAUCAAACUGUUUGAAAUCACGAAAACAUACAUUAGGGCAUAUUUUAACAAAAUAAAAUUUCACCAAAAGAGUUCAAAGCAACAGCACCAACCCCCAAUGAUUUAAGAAAAAAAUAAUUCCUCAAAUUAGAAUUAUAUGGAAAAAAAAAUUUGAUUUUAAAACUAAAACGACGUGAUUAGCCAAAAAAAUAAUAAAACUCUUAAAAAAAAUAAAAAAAAAAAUUCUUGUCAAAAGUGGGAUUCGAACUCAUGUCAUUUACGCUCCCAUAUCUUUAGAAAGCAACUUUGUUUUUUGAGUCAGGCGCCUCAGACCACUCGGCCAUCCUCGCAUAGGGGUCGACGAAGUCAAAUUUAUCACCAAUUAUGUUUUGGCCUAUGCAGUUGUACAUUCUACCAAAAAUUUCGUUCUGUUUUCUAACGUAUGCCGUCAUCCCAAUCGCUGUGCUCGUUUAAUGUAUCACGAAAUUAUCUUUCGUACGCUUGAGGUUUCGUCAACGGAUGCGACGAUUUGGCCCCUGUAUUAUUUAGAUGUUUCGGAAAUUAUUUGAUUAUGAUUGGGAGAGUUUUUAUCAUUUAAAGUCAACAUACAACAAUAAUUGAUUUAAAAGUUUUCACAAACCGGAAAGGUAUACGGUAGAGGCAUGGGUAACAAUACAAAAUUGUAAAUCAAUAACGCUUACGGUAUACUGUCACCAAGUGUGCAUCUAUAUUUACCGUUACAAAAUAACUUACGUAUCGUUGUACCUGUAUAGCUAUCCUAUACAUUUCUGGUGUGCCAAUAUCUGUAAUGAAAAUAAAAAUUGAGUACCCAGUAAAUUGUUAGAUAAGAAUAAAGCAUGCUUUUAUUUGGAAUCACAUUUUUAUAUACAUAAUUUUAAAGAAAAAUUGUUUCAAAUUCAGAAUCUGUGUAUAAAUAAGAAAGAAAUUUCUAAUCUCACGAUUGAAAGAAUAGGCGGCUAAAUUUAUAAGCCAGUUUGACUUUUAAAAAGUUUUCGUUACAGCCACAUCCGCAAUUUCAGAUGUUGUGUUCCGAGUUUCUUUUAAGAGCCAUUUUGUUUGAAAGGGUAUUACCAGGAAGUUAUGCACUGCUUUCUUCAAGUAUCAAUUCUUUUUUUUUUUUUU